CGUAUCAUAUCAGGAAUUUCCUUAAGCAUUUCCAUCUUCUUCCUCAUGGAUGUCCUGCUACAUAUCUUUGUGGAAGGAUUUCAGAGAUACUUUAGUUCAAAGUUGAAUAUAUGUGAUGCUGCUAUUGUUGUUAUCACGCUGAUUGUUACCCUGACCUACGCGUUCACAGAUUUCAGUGGAGCCACCAAUAUUCCAAGACUGGUAAACUUUUUCCGAGCUUUGAGAAUCAUCAUCUUAGUGAGAAUAUUCCGCCUGGCAUCUCAGAAGAAAGAGCUGGAGAAGGUUACUCGCCGAAUGGUUUCUGAAAACAAGCGGCGGUAUCAGAAGGAUGGAUUUGACUUGGAUCUCACCUAUGUUACAGAUCGUAUUAUUGCCAUGUCAUUCCCAUCUUCUGGAAAGCAGUCAUUUUACAGGAAUCCUAUAGAGGAUGUUGCUAGAUUUUUGGAUUCUAAGCAUAAAGAUCACUACAAGGUGUACAAUCUGUGCAGUGAAAAGGGAUAUGAUCCCAAAUACUUCCAUUACAGAGUGGAGCGAGUGUUCAUAGAUGAUCACAAUGUCCCAGUUCUGGCGGACAUGCUUACGUUUACAGCCAAUGUACGUUCCUGGAUGGCAGAAGAUCCCAAAAAUGUGAUUGCCAUUCACUGUAAAGGGGGCAAAGGCAGAACUGGAACUAUGGUUUGCACCUAUCUUGUGGACUGUGACCAGUUUGAGAGUGCAAAGAGUAGAUAUGUGGGUUACUAUGAAAUUCUGAAGAACAAGUACUCAUUACAGCUCCCUCCAGAGAAAAAGCUCAGAAUUCGAAGUAUUCGAAUCCAUUCAAUCGAAGGAGUAGGAAGAAGCAAUGGAAGUGACAUGAAGGUC